AUGUCUGUGGAAGAUCCUUUCUUUGUUGUGAAAGAUGAAGUUCAGAAGGCUCUGGUGGUUGUCCGCAACUUGUUUUCACGAUGGCGAGAGCUGCAGGAGAAUGGAGGAGUUUCAUCUAGGGAAGAGUUUGAGUACACCACAAAUGAGCUGCGAAACAGUCUGCGUAGUAUAGAAUGGGAUCUGGAGGAUCUUGAAGAAACAUUUAAAAUAUCCGAGUAUGAGUUGCAAGAGAGGAGAAACUUUGUGGACAAGACAAAGACAACAGUUAGGGAUAUGAAGAGUCAGAUAUCAAGCCCUAACAAUGGACAGAGAGAUGACUCCAGGUCAAAGAAGAAUCUCUUCUCAACAUCUAAUGGUCCCAAAACACCUCAGGAUAAGUACACACGUCUGGAUGAAGAGAUGGAACAAGCUAACCAGAGAUACAUCAGCGACACACAACAGCAACAAAAGCUGCUACUACGAACUCAGGAUGAGCAGCUGGACAUGAUUGGUUCCAGUGUUGGGGUACUGAAAAACAUGAGCCAGCAAAUUGGCAGUGAGUUGGAAGAUCAAAACAUAUUGUUGGACGAGUUUCAUCAUGAAAUGGACAAUACAGAAAGCAAAAUGGACCAAACAAUGAAAAAACUUGCCAAAGUUAUGCAUAUGUCAAAUGAUCGUCGCCAGUGGUGCGCAAUCGGGGUCCUCUCCUUGGUUCUUCUUAUCAUCAUUAUUCUUUUCUUUGUUGUCUGA